GAACUCACAGAGAUCCACCUGCCUCUGCCUCCCAAGUGCUGGGAUUAGCCACCACCACCACCUGGCACUAAAUCUUGAGAGAGAGAGGGGCAGAGAGGAGAGAGAGAGAAAAGAUUGAAGCAUGGGCAACAGAAUAAAUUCAAAUGUCAACUUGGGCAACUUAAUAAAACUCUGUUCGAAAUAAAACAUGAAAAGGGCCAUGGAUAUAGCUCAGUGGCAGAACACUUGCCCAGCCUGUAAAAGAAUUUAGGUUCUCAGAACUACAAAAAGGGGGAAGGAGGUGGGAAGAAAAAAGUCUGUUCACAUUGGAGAGAUGACUCAGUAGUUAAGCUUUUUGGGUGUUUUUGUUUUUGAGAUAAGGUCUCUAUUACGUAGUCCUGACUGUCCUGAAACUUACUAUGUAAAUUAGGCAGAGCUGCCUGCCUCUGGCUCCUAAAUGCUGGGAUUAAAGGAGUGUACUAUCAUGCCCAGUGGUAAAAGUCAGUGUUCCUGCAGAGGGCUUAAGUACAGUUUCUAGGACUCACUUUGGUGGCUCACAACUGCCUAUAACUCUAGCUCUUCUGACCUCCUUGAGUAUUAUACUUACUAUAUACAUAUGCCCCUCCAACAGAAAAAUAUAAUUAAAAAUAAAAUCUUUUUGUUAAUGCCUGUGUGCAUGUGUCUGCAUAUACAUAUGUUGGGUAUCUGCACCUCCCUUCACAUGCCCUAGUGGCCCCAAGCACUUCCUAGCUUGUUAUGGGACUCUGCCUGUGCCAUAUAUACAGGAACACAGUUAUAAAACAUGCUCACAUAUCUUCUUGCCUCUCCGCCUACUCUUCUCGCCCCUCCCCCAUAGCUCUUAUAGCCACAUCCUGCAAGGAAAAACCCCAGACCCCUGUGAAGGCAGAGCCCAGACAAGGAUGUAUGUGUGGGUUCAGCAGCCCACAGCACUUCUGCUCCUGGGACUCACAUUUGGAGCUGCAGCCAGGCGGAACUGUGUUGAUGAUACCUACCCCAGUGGUCACAAGUGCUGUAAUGAGUGCCAACCAGGCAAUGGUAUGGUGAGGCGCUGUGAUGGCACCAGGGACACUGUAUGCCACCCAUGUGAACCUGGCUUCUACAAUGAGGCAGUCAAUUAUGAAAACUGCAAGCAGUGUACACAGUGCAACCAACGAAGUGGGAGUGAGCUGAAGCAGAAUUGCACACCUACUCAGGAUACUGUCUGCCAAUGCAGACCAGGCACCCAGCCCCGGGAAGACAGCAGCCACAAGCUUGGAGUUGGCCCCACCAACAGCAACUUCAGCACCCAGGGCCCACCUAGUAGCAUCAGAAAGCUGACUUAUGUCUUUGCUGUAGACUGUGUUCCCUGCCCUCCUGGCCACUUUUCUCCAGGCAACAACCAGGUCUGCAAGCCCUGGACCAAUUGCACCUUAUCUGGGAAGCAGACCCGGCACCCAGCCAGUACCAGCUUGGAUGCAGUCUGCGAGGACAGAAGCCUCCCAGCCACACUGCUCUGGGAGACCCAGGGCCCAACAUUCAGGCCGACCACUGUCCAGUCCACCACAGUCUGGCCCAGGACUUCUCAGUUGCUUUCUACACCCACCUUGGUAGCUCCUAGGGGCCCUGCAUUUGCUGGUUUCCUAGGCCUAGGCCUAGGCCUGCUGGCUCCCUUGACUGUUCUGCUGGCCUUGUACCUGCUCCGAAGAGCUUGGAGAUUGCCUGAUACUCCCAAACCCUACUGGAGAAACAGCUUCAGGAUCCCUAUCCAGGAGGAACAGGCUGACACACACUUUACUCUGGCCAAGAUCUGAACAGUACCUCAGGAGUGGGUGUUAUGGAGCAUGGGUAACCCAUAUCCUGGUGCUUGCCAGUACCCUCCACACCGUUUUAGAUGCUGGGCUGGCUCUGGGCUCUCCUAUGUAUGCUAUGCAUACUACCUGCCUGGUGGUACCACCAAUAAACAUGCUAGCGACUGUGAGUCUGUCACUGGCACUAAGGGGC